AUGGGUAAUGAUAUCGGCAAGCUCAUGGGGCCCCGAAUUGUCAGCUUUUUCCCUGAACAAGCACCUAGAUGCGAAGAUGACUAUCGCAGAAUCGAGGCAACGAUAUACAUCGGAUCUCAUAUGCCUAGACCCGGACCAUAUCAAGUGUUCGAGCGACUUCACCGCACUCGCUUCCAGGACAGGAACCAUCGGUCGAGGCGAAUGUCUGCCACAAAGGACACCUUCUUGACACACAACAUGGUCUUCCCAAAGGCCGUGCCCUCGCAGUCUGGAUCUCUUCAUGGAUAUAACCUCAUCAGUCUUGGCCUCCGUCUGGUUGCGUCAACUUUUGAUUAUGGCGAAGUUAUUCCACACAUCCAGUUGACAGAAUAUGCUUGGCGACCUUUGAGCCUCAGGGCAUUUCCUCAACUUGAAGAGUUUACUAUGAUGUGUCUGCGACAUACCAGCCGCAGCCACCAAAGUCAUCUACCCUUUCUCAAUUCCUCAGCAAACAGACGAGGAUGCCAACAGAGCUCGAAUGGACGCAUCUAG